CUGCCAUUUCACACCAGGGAAGAAAGCAACAAGGAGUUCUUGCUUCAACAGUGUUUGAACGGAACUUCUGUCCUUCAUCUCUCCUGCAUUACGAGAACAACUUUCACUACUUCAACACUACCGAUUAAAGUCGCCGUAAAGCUUUAUUUUUUCUACCGUUUUUUGCUAAGAAACAAAGAAAAAGCCAGCUAAAAUGGAGUCUCAGGUCCGUCAGAACUACCACCGCGACUGCGAGGCCGCCGUCAACCGGAUGGUCAACAUGGAGCUGUUCGCCUCCUACACCUACACCUCCAUGGCCUUUUACUUCUCCCGUGACGAUGUGGCCCUCAAGGGCUUCUCGCAUUUCUUCAAGGAGAACAGCGACGAGGAGAGGGAGCACGCCGAGAAGCUGCUGACCUUCCAGAACAACAGGGGAGGACGCAUCUUCCUCCAGGACCUGAAGAAACCAGACCGUGAUGAGUGGGGAAGCGGGCUGGAGGCCAUGCAGUGUGCCCUGCAGCUGGAGAAGAACGUCAACCAGGCCCUGCUGGACCUGCACAAGCUGGCUUCUGAUCACACAGACCCUCAUAUGUGCGACUUCCUGGAGACCCAUUACCUGAACGAGCAGGUGGAGGCCAUCAAGAAGCUGGGCGACCACAUCUCCAACCUCUCCCGCAUGGAUGCCAACACAAACAAGAUGGCGGAGUACCUGUUCGACAAGCACACCCUGGGGGGACAGAGCUAAAUAUGCAAAGCUGCAGGGUUGAGCCUUGAGUGAAAAGGUGGCAGACACACUCAGGCUUUAAACACACCCUUCUGCUCCAGUUAGCGUAACUUUAAAAUCUAAUCUGCUUAAUCUAUAGAGUUGACGGGUUCUGGUGGUGUCACUGUUUUUGAAAUGUUGUGGAAGGAUGGAUAUUUAGAAGGUGGUGACUUUGCCCUCAUUACCUAUAAACCUCCCCUUGUGUGACAUUUUUAUCUACUGUGACUGCAUGUUUCUGAUCUGUUAAUCUGAAUAAACAUUCUGAGCUGGA